AUGGAGGACGAUAAGGAAAACACGCCGGAUAGGCGUCGCCAAUCUCAAAGCCAGAAUCGUCGUCGUUCUCAGCGACGAACUAAUAGCCAGUACGAUACUCAGAGCUUCUUAUCAAAGGCGAAUGAGACAAUUCGCGACAUUCAAAAGAAAAAAGAUGAUCUUGAUAAACUAAGCAAGAAGCGCGAGCUUGAGGGAGAGGAUGAUAUGAACAAGUUGACCGAUGGAAUCACGGAUUAUGAUGACUUGCGAGCAGUGCACGAGGAUGAUCCGACUGCUGACUUGUUUGUGGACGAUAGCGCUUUUCUUAUCAAGUGCAUCGAUCUUUUUGGCAAAGACGCGAGCGAGUUUGACUUCAAAAUCGAUGAUUACUUCGAUCAGAUUGUGGCUAACAACGGAGAGAGCGUUCGAUCCCGCGAGUUUUGGGACAACAUGGACCAGGUUCAGAACAUCCGAUCUCUCCGGGACGAGUGGGUUCCAAAGUGGACGAAAUUUCGUGGACGCGCGAUCAUCAACGAGCACGUCUUGAAUUACCAAGAGACUUUCAAGAAUGUCUCUCUUCGAAGAGUCAUUACAGUCAGGCGAAAGAAGAGCGUCACAUUCGAGGCGAUUUGCGCUGAUGUCAUCGAAAAAGGAGGCAUUGAGAAGGUCAAGCGACGACGACACGGCGACGACGAUGCUGGAGAAGAGCAGCGAGUAGCACAGGGAGACACAGAGUCCACGAACGACGAGUAUGAACAGAAACGAAUUCUGAAGACUGUGCUGGCCGACUUCCAGUGGAAAGCCAAUCAAUUCAAGGAUCAGGAAGAUGCAGAGCCACUUCUCUACUGGGAGUUCGUCAUGGCCCCGGACUUUGCCGAGACUAUCGAGAAUAUCUUCUACCUGAGCUUUCUCGUCAAAGAUGGCUCGGUCACGCUUUUCACUGAUAAAGAUUGGAACCUGACUGCGUUGGUGCCAAACUACCGACGGCUCCAGGAGAAAGAGUGCAAGUUCGCGUUCGAACACGAUGGAAACGGGAUGCUGAAGAAAUACGAACCUGAUGAUGAGUUGUUUGCCUUCGCCGAGCAAUACAUCAAGCGAAGCAAGGAGCACUUCGCAGAGCUCAAGAAUAAGCAUGUGAUGGACCGCAAGUACGUUGAAUACGGCGGGCACCCCCUCCUCUCUAAAGUGUCCCACGUGCAUUUGACGAUGGGAGAGCACGCUGCAUUCGUCCAGCACUUCCAGAAGAAGGCCGAGAAGUCUGGUCAACCGUGGAAGCCACCACUUCGACGAAAAGAGAAGGACCCUGACGCGAAGAAAGAAAAGCGAAAGAGAAAAUAA